AUGUCUUUGUGCCAGAACAGACUUCAGGAGGAGCGCAAGCAGUGGCGGAAGGACCACCCCUUCGGCUUCUUUGCAAAGCCGCAGCGCAACGCUCAGGGUACUCUUGACCUGAAGGUGUGGGAGUGCGGCAUCCCGGGCAAGGAGAAGACGAUUUGGGAGGGCGGCUUGUUCAAGCUGACGAUCACAUUCCCCGAGGGCAAAUUCGUUCCCCCUCUGUUCCACCCAAAUGUCUACCCCUCCGGCACCGUUUGCCUGUCGAUUCUGAACGAAGAGGAGGCCUGGAAGCCCGCGAUUACGGUCAAGCAGAUUUUGCUUGGUAUCCAGAACCUUCUGGACGACCCCAACCCCGAGUCGCCCGCUCAGGCGGAGGCCUACAGUCUCUUCAAGAAGGACAAGGCCGAAUACGAAAAGAGAAUCAAGCGCGUUGUGCGGGAAAACCCUGCGCCCUAG